AUGCAAAGGGAUAAUGACACCUCCAAUUCAGAUAGUUCCUGGAGUCUGGUCACCGAUAACUUUGACCUAGUGAGUGGUUAUGUUGACAUUGUCAAGCUUUGUUGUAAUUUUACUUACUUCGUUACCUUCAAUCGCAUAAAAUGAUUUAUCAUCAUUAUUUCUUGUAAACAACCUUCUGCUCUUAUUUACAAAUCAAUCUCUGACUUUAAAGUGUUAUACUUUCACUUUAGAUCGACGAUCCAGAUUCAGCUUCGAUCACUGAAGACAUCCAGAUUGAUUACUCCACUGACGACGAUGUCAGCUCGGUCUACAGUGAUGUAGAAGUACAUCAAAAAGAAAAUGAAGAACUACUGAACGAAGAAAUAGAAGAAUCAGAAGAUGAAAAUGAAGCCGACGUCGAAGCCGAUGAUGACGAGAGCGACGCCGACGAGAAAAUCGACCAGAUCAGUGUAGUAGAUGACCAAGAGGCGUUGGAGGAGCCUUAUGCUCGCUACUACGCUUCCCCAACGUUAGUAGCCAAAAGCUUGGAUCAGCUGGGUAAGGGAACUGAAUUGAGGAUCUUCACUUUAUCAUUCAACUUUUAUUUUAUUUAUCUCCCCUAAGGCGUUACCUUUUUACAAAAAGUGUUUCAGCUACUCCAAAGUCCGACCUGAACGGUCAGAAGAUCAGAAUCGCUGCUACCUUCUCAGUGUUCGUAACAGCCAUGAUUGGUCUGGUGUUCAGCUCGACUUGGAACAUGGAGAGAUGUCUGGAUUACAAAGAAAUGCGCGGGGUAAGUAGUCUGUUCCAUUUGGAUCGCUCUGUUCUAUACAAACUACAAUACAGAAGACCUUUGACGCCAUUUGUCACGUUGUAGGUAAACCUGGACCUGUUCGCUUCGGAGAACAAACUCUUUUCGUGGAGAGAUGACGAAUGGGAAGACGACUACGAACCCUCGUUUGAGGUCGUCAAAGCAAUGGAAGUCUGUCAGAAGCGCCUGAGAGAAGUGAUCCGAGAAUCUGCUCACAAGUCGGCACUCGUCCGCUACAUGAAGCUGAAGGAACAAAGACGGAAGGGACUGGUUCCCCCACCUCGAACAGAUGUGUUGGGUGAGACUUCGCUGCAGUCGAAGGCUCCCCAGCCCUGUUCCCCCCUCCAGGAACACCCCUGCCAUUCCUGGCCACCCCACCCCUCCUUCUUCCCCACCCCCGAACCCAUCCCUCAGCCCUGUGCCGAACCCGCCUCGACUGUCAAACCUCACAACCUGACCCACUCUUGUCCCAUCACUCAUCAGAAGCCAAACAAACGUCAGAUCAUCAAGAAGGUCGACUACAACAUGCAGAAUUACAAGGUAAGCAUCCAAUACAAACCCCUGGUAACAACAACAUUAAGUGUUACAUUGUAAUCAAAACUAAAGCCAAUCUAUAAAAUGACAAGACUUUUAAAACAAAUUUAGCAAUUCAAACCAUUGAUCAAUCACACGACUGACAGACUUUCCGUCCACAAGAAGCAUCACCGUGCCAUGCAAGCACAUCAGAAGUACGCCAAAGAACAGAAGAACCGUCGUCUACCUAACGACUACCUCAGGUCAUGUCAAAUCAACGACAAGUGCAACAUCACAGAGCCGAUCAGUAGCCACCUGAGCCAUUCGGACGGUUUCAGAAGCAGUAUUACUCCAAAGCAAUAUAACUCUGUGAGUUUUAUAUUAGUUAAGAGAUCCAAACAUAACUUUAGAACAAUAAUAUCUUAGGUAAAGGACUCAAAAGUCAUGUUAUUGUAUGUUCUUGAACAAGUUUUACUGCUUGUUAUUAUAAAAGUUACAGUACAUCACUUUCCUGGACACAAUCCCCCCAAGACAGUGCAAGAACAACUCCACCCUACUGCAAUGUGAACGUUGUUGGUGGACCGAAGUCUGUCCUGAAAUGAAGAAGAAGUGCACGUUGAGGAGAUGGCAACGCCUGAAGAAGAUCGACCCUAAAGACUUUGUCCAGAAGGACGCCGAGCUUCAGAAGAUCUUCAACCAAAUCGGGUGGACUCCAGCCAAAAGUAAGCCGCUACAAUAAUUCAUGCUAUAAUAUACAACAACGUAUACCAUGUUAAAUUGUUUUAUCUUUGUUAUUACACACUAUACACAUUAAAAGACGACUCGUAUACAAAAUUAACACAUAUUGUUACAGGAAACUACGUCCGCCCAUCAAAAUCAGAAGUAAUGUCACGUAGAUCGUCAACCAUUGCCAGUCUUAAGAAGGUCAAGAAGACACACGAACAGAAGUCGGCGUCGUGGCUCUUCAGAAGACAGAAUCAACGUAGAAAGAUUCGAGAAGCCUCCACGAUGUCGGACUGGUUCUUCUCGAGAGGAUCUCACCGUGCUUCGCUCCGAGUUCACUUCUGA